AUGGUGUCCAACUCGAUACUCCUCAAGAACGGGAUAAUCCUGGUGCAUGACGAGAAUGAUCACAUCACGCCGAUAAAAUCUGAUCUACUUGUUGUUGGAAACACAAUCGCAGACAUUCGACCGCACAUCGACGCAUCUAGCCUAGAUACCAUUAUCCUUGACUGCACUCGGAAAUUGGUUUCGCCAGGCUUUAUCGACACGCACCAUCACGUGUGGCAAACACAGUUGAAAGGUCGACAUGCGAAUGAUACUCUCCUGGAUUACAUGCCGAGAGGGAACUCUACCGGGGCGCUCUACAACGCUGAUGAUGUUUUUUGGGGAGAACUGGGAGGGUGUUUGGAGGCUAUUGAUGGGGGAACCACGAUGCUUGUCGACCAUGCUCAUAUCACUCAUGGUCCCCUUCAUGCUCCCAACGCGAUAUCCGCCACUGUUUCGUCUGGAAUUCGCUCCGUCUAUGGUUACUGUGACACCCCCAACGUGACUUCAUGGGAUCCACUGACUUUUGCGCCGUCUACACCCGACUAUUUCGACUCCCAGCUCGCUGAUCUAGCAAAACAACAACCGUUUGGGGAUGGUCGCGUUCAACUUGGGUUGGCUUUCGACAGCUUCUUUCUUCCUAAGGAGAUGGUGAUCGAGCGAUUUGAAAAGGCCCGCUCUCUCGGAAUAAAGCUGAUCACCUCUCAUUAUGUUCGUGGGGCCGUGUUCGGGCCACACUCUCUCGUCGAGUUGCUGGAGGCAUAUGGGCUACUUGGUCCCGACAUUCUCCUUUCGCAUGCAAGCAACGCCACAACGAACGACGCUGUUCUCCUCACGAGCGCCAACGCUCAUGUGGCUGCAACACCGAACACCGAACUGCAAAUGGCUCAUGGCUUCCCUGUGUCAUUCCGCGAUGACCUUCACGCUGUUGCUUCCCUGGGUGUGGACUGCCAAAGCACCAAUCCAGGCGACAUGCUUACUCAGAUGAGACUUGCUCUCCAAGUAGCACGAGGUGCCUAUAACCAGCCAUUUAUCGAUGUCGGCAAGAACCCGAACGUCGUCAAGCAUACCGUCGAGUCUGUGUUCAAUCUCGGCACAAUCAAGGGGGCUCGGGCUGUAGGAAUGGCAAGUCAUAUUGGUAGUAUUGCGGUCGGAAAGCUUGCCGACCUGGUUAUAUUCGACGGAGAAUCGCCUGCAAUGGUUUGUGCUGCCGAACAUGACCCGGUCACUGCCAUCGUGAUGCACGCAUCGGUCCGUGACGUCGAAACAGUGAUUGUGGAUGGAAAGAUUCGGAAGAGCGGGGGCAAGCUUCUGGCUGUUCAGGGUCUAAAUGGUGAGAAAAUGGAGUGGAACACCGUCGCGGAGAAGCUCAUUGAGAGCCGCGUGCGAAUUGAAGCGGAGUAUCGCAAAAUCGACAUGAAAAGCGCUACGGUCCGGAUUAUGGAUAUCUUUCAGAUGCGGCCCGAAAACUUUGUCGAUUCCCCGUAA